CAGCUUAAGGUCCCUAUUAUCUCGAAGAGUACUUCAACCUCUCCGUUGUUCUUUACCGCACUUGACUGAGUAGUCAUUUCCACGGUCCGUGAUCAAUACAUUGAGUUCAGCUCACGUCGGCUCUUCAGAAACACAGUGAGAGAAUACAGGUUACCAGCUGAGAUAUCGAAUGAGGCAUAACAGAUAAAAACUCAAGGAAAUCCGUUCCAUUCAACUGAUCUCCUGACACUAGCGGUUAUAAAAGGGUUUCCUGCAUGGCAACGACUUCGAGACAGAACCAGAGAAGACGAACAUACUGGUUGCUUCCGUUUUCCAGCACAACUUGAGCUCACUUCUCGAUUUUAUUGGCGGGAAAACUCAUUUCAAGUGUUAAAACCAAGCGUCGUCUUCUCGAACAAGCCUCAUCAUGAUCGUGGAAAUACUGUCCGUGUUUGUUUUCGCAGUGGUGGCUCUAUCUUUUUACACGUUAGCUGCUCACUACCUCGAGGAUAAGCGACUCCCCCCUGGUCCCGUCCCCCUCCCCCUGGUGGGGAACAUGUUUCACAUGGGAGUCCUACCUCAUCUUSGUCUUACAUCACUUUCCAAAAAAUAUGGUGAGGUUUUUCGGCUACAAGUCGGGAUUCAUCGCAUUGUUGUCGUCAACAGCAUCGAAUCUGCUCGGGAAGCUCUCUUGCGUCGGCCGAACGACUUCGCCGGCCGUCCAUUGCUUCAUACCGCAAGCUUGAUAUCUCGAAGAGGAAAGAGCAUUGCUUUUGGGGAUUUCGACGCGACCUGGAAAAUGCAGAGAAAAAUUGCUCACUCGGCUUUGAAGAUGUUUGGAAGUGGGAUUGAACGUCUGCAAACCAAAAUAUGUGUGGAGAUAGACGAGCUGAUUGAACGUCUACCACAGAAGGAAGAAACUCCCUUCAACCCUGCUCAUGACAUUCAGCUUGCAGUGCUCAACAUUAUCUGUUCAUUCGUGUUUGGUUCGCGAUACGAGAUCGAUGAUCCAGAGUUCCAUAGCAUUAUCCACUACACUGAUCGCUUCUCGCAGGGAUUUCGGGCUGGAAACCUUGUGGAUUAUUUUCCAUGGCUCAGAUUCUUCCCUAACAAAGGUCUGUCGCUGAUACAAGAAGCAAUAGAGGAAAGAGAUACCCUUUUACAAAGAAAAUACCAAGAACACUACAAAACCUACCAGGAAGACAUAACCCGUGACUUGACCGAUGCGUUACUAAAAGCAACUCGUGCAUCAUCCCAAGAUGACAACUCAGACCAACCGCUCCCAUUCACAGAAGAUAAUAUCAUCAUGACCAUGAGUGAUAUAUUCAGUGGGGGGAUCGAGACCAUGUCAACCUGCCUGCUCUGGGCGAUCAUAUACAUGGUUCGCAACCCUAAAAUACAAGAACGGAUUCACAGAGAUCUUGACGAGGUGGUUGGAAGGGGUCGCUUGCCUGAUCUGGAAGAUCGUUCAAAGCUUCCGUUCGUGGAUGCAACGAUCGCGGAAAUAAUGCGGUUCAGUUCGCUAGUUCCUCUACUAUUCCCACACUCCACCACCGUGGAUACUCAGCUCAAGGGCUAUUUAAUUCCUAAGAAUACCGUGGUACUGUUCAAURUAUGGGCCAUGCAUCAUGACCAGGAAAAGUGGUCCCACCCCGAUAUUUUUGAUCCAACAAGAUUCCUCGACUCCGAAGGCAAAAUGGUUUGUCCAGCCACACUCAGUUACUUACCGUUCUCUGCAGGACGAAGGGUCUGUUUGGCCGAAUCUCUUGCAAAGAUUCAGUUGUUUUUGUUCAUCUCUCGAUUACUCCACAAGUUCGAGCUUAGGAUUCCGGACAAUUCGUCUGCUCCAGACCUCGAGGGCAUCUUUGGUGCCAGCCUCACACCUAAACCUUUCGAAAUCCUUGCUCAAAGAAGAUUUUAACUUGAACAAAAAAUGCACUGACAAAUAAAAAAAUACUAGUAUUACAUCUGUAAAAUAUUAGAAAAUAUAUCUGUGAAAAUUUGCGAGACAAGAGAAUAUGAAAAGUUGAGU